UUCGUUCGGGGGGACCUUACCAAUGUCACGAUUGAUGACACUUACGGUGACAUUAUAACUCACGAAAAGGCCGCAUACACUCCUUCCGAUGGCUGGGCACAAGGACCAUGCGAUGGUUGUCACGCUCAACCAAACCCUAAUCUGACGUUCGGUGGGACAUGGCAUGAUGCUACGCACAAUCCAGAAGACUUGGAUUCGAAAGCAAUAAACCUGACCUUCAAAGGGACUGCCGUCUGGGUCUAUUUUAUCCUUGGGAAUAACAUCAAUGCCGAGACCGCUUCGGACACUUACUUGUCGUUCUACCUCGACGAUGAAUAUGUCGGCCAGUUCAGCCACAAUAAAACAUCAAGCCCGGACUACGAUUACAACGUUACCGUGUACUCUAAUACGAGUAUUCCGGGUGCCCAGCAUACACUCUCAAUGGAGUCGGCGGGGAACACACCUGCAUCUCUGAUGUUAUUUGACUGGGCAAUGUAC